UUCUUGAAGCUGGCAUAGAAAAGAGAAAGGAUGAAAUACAGAGCACGAUGUCAUUGUUUUGUACAUAUCUCAAUCUUAACAAAGCCUGCCAUGUCGUUGUCAAAACCCCUGAUCUACAAUCACUAGUAUUUGUUUAGGAAGGUACGGUCCUAAAGAGUAAGCAGGAAGACUCCUUCCCUCCCAUCGUACCUUGGGACAGAUAAGUAGAAGCGAAGUAUCAGGAUCAAGGAGGAAAGAAGCGCUUGAUGGAUUCUUUCCCUGAUUCAGAGUCGACUCAACAACUUUCCAACUGUUUCACAGCUCGCCAAGAGAUAUUAAAAAUAGCUUCUCUCCUUUCCUCUUCUCCACCGACUACGCAUAUCGUUGUCCCCACGUUAUUGACGAUUUUCCUUUUCCUUCUUUUUUUAACAUACAGCAGUUCACUAAGCCUUACGUACCUCAAGACGUGAAUAUCAUAUAUCGAGUUGUUGAUCAACUCGUCUCCAUCUCAACUCCACUAUACAGCGAGCUCGAGCCAUUAUCGACAGGGCACUCGCCUGACCUGGAGAGAGACCCGUGAGACCCCUACGCUAGAUUCAGAUUCAGACCAGCCCCAGCGAACGGACCAUAAGAGUACCAAAGCCUCCAGGCCAAGCUAUUUUGGUCGACCGAGCCAAAACAUACCCCAAAGCCGUGUCAUUCGAUUCGCUGUCGUUCUUCCCCCUGCAGUGAACGGGGCUUGAACCAAGAAUUUUAUAGCUGUGUUUGUCGAAACGUCAGUGCUCGCUUGCGUGUCGCUUUGCUGGACUCGGAGCUUACAGCGAUUUAUUGCCCGCUAUUUCCUAGCGGUAUCUGUUUAUCGGCCUGGUUAUCAUAACGAAACCUAACGUGGUGAUAUGAACUGCUUCUAGUAUUCUACAUCCGAAUAGAAGACGCACUCACACGUUCGAGCUUAAUAACUUUAAGCGGCAGCUGAUCUCGAAUCAUUUCUUUUAGGAGGUGUCGAUCGACCAAAGCUCUGGACUUAUCCUCAGCUAACGCGCUCCGCUCUGGUGGCCGCUCCUCGCCGUGUCCGUCGCCUUCUCCGGAAGACGCUCCAGUCUUGGAAUCACGCUUCAACAUUACCUAAGACAACCAAUCGCUUUCUAUCCUUUGGUGCUUGUCACUCUUAACUUGCCUUAACCUCAACCUACUCCGAAUCCAAAGAGGCUCUUCGAGCAUAUCUCCCUGAAUCAAUUCGCACGGUAGCUCCUUUUAUAUCGUUACACCCAUAUACACUUGCGACUGGCUUUACCUGGUUCAAAGGAAAUCUGCUUUAUCUGCGUAGCCUUCGGUAAGUGAGCCAUAUGUUUGCUUCAUUUUAAUGUGUUUCAUGUGCCCAGUUACAUGUUUGCCUUACCAUUUAUUAUUCCCUCGUGUACCACACAUCGUCACCCUUCAUCAAUACAUGAGUGUCAAAUUCAGUUUGCCGAACCUGAGUGAAACCCGACCACGGAGGAAAAUUGUCGCAAACACGCGGGCGCCUGGUGAACAGUCUCAGGGACCGAGUCAGCCACCCACCCUCGAGUUCUGGAUGGCUGCACAAUAUGGGGACAGGGGUGGUGACGUCGUCGGCCUGUGCUUUCAAGACGGAUGCGAAUUCACAAACGCCACUACAGUUGCCAUGGCCGACAUAUCGGACAUAUCGAUAAACCUCCUCUGGUUUCAACGACACUGCAGGUGGCAACGCGAUGGUCGUCCCGCCGCUCUCGUCAUUCGAACAAUUGCCUGUGGUAUAUCAGGCUAUGCCAUGCAAAUCCGCAUAUUUCUUGUCUCGAAUGACGAAAAGCCAUGGGCAUAUCUUUUGCGCAUCCUCUUGACAGGAUAUGAUCGACGACGAAUGACACCUCAACACCCACCCAACAAGAAUUCAUUCUCUUGAUGGAUCCAGAGACAGUUAAAGUAGCCGUGGAUUGCACUGGCACACCCUCGAAUUAUCCAGAAAAAGAAAAGAUGGCAAGCAAAGGGGAAAGGCGAACCAAAAAACACUCAGAACCCUGAAUUGUUGCAACAAGAUGCACCAAUCAGACCAGGGAGAUGCACCACUGAGCUGGUUCCGAGAUUUUGUCGGGGAGAAUGAAUCGGCCUUCACCCCACCAUCCGCCUCGACCACCACUCGGUACCCGCUGGCUCACCCACGAGGGGCAGGUGCUUUGCUCUGGUGCGCUGUGAGGACCACUCAUUAGCAGGCUGUUGAACGCCUGGGCACCCACUGGACGACGCCAGUUGCUAGUCAGUCAGGCUGACCAGGAGUCCCCUCAUUCUGGCUCCAGUGACUGCUCACUCAGCCUCCAAAACGCCUCCAGCAUCCACUGUCGGGCUUGUCCUUGUCCUGGUUAUGGUUCUGGUUCUUAGGCGUCUCCACCGGCCCGAUCCUCUCCCCUCCUACUGCAUGUUGUCCCCUCCAUUUGCUUGAUUCUUUUCGAUUUCCUCAACUUGUCUUGGCUUCUGACAUCGUCAUCGCCUCCAUUCUGCAUUGCCUCGACCUUUUCCACAGCUUGAAAUCCCUAAGAAGCGAUAUUAUCAUAUACGAUAUUGUUUUAUGUGAUAUUGACGACUAAUAGUUUGUUUUUAUUUUGUCCCGCAGUUUACUCGCCGUUUACGAUUUCACUUUCAUCUGCGAGACCAGCGACAACGACGAUACCCCUCCGUUUCUCUUAAUAAUAACUUUCGCUUCAAUCACCCACGAAAGUCUGCACAAUAGCGAUGUUAUGGCCGCUGUGAUCGGCGACAUCAUCUCAGACACCUCAUAUCCUCAUACCAUGAUUGCCAACCCCUCCCUUCAGCAUCAUCACUCACACGACUCUUCCUCUUCUUAUCGAUCCGGCAGCCGAUCACGACGGUCCACUACCCCGCGAGCGCAGCGUACAGCAGAACUCGCCGACUUCAGCAGCAACCACAGCUCUGCGACGUGGUCACACGCGCCUGCAUCUGCACCGGCUUCAGAGUCAACUUCUACUCCAGUGCCUGCGGGUCACGAAACCGCCCACGUGUCGGCCACUGGCGGAGCCUCACGCUUCCCCUCCCCGCCUCCAUCCUCAUCGCCCGCUGCUGCCACCGGCCCUGCUUAUGCCGAUGAUGCAAAGAGUCCGUCUAUGGCAUCUGACGCGAGGGACUCUGGUCCCCUAGGUCACGCUUCCCAGCCCGACCCAAUUUCUCACAACUCUUCUGCUCAACAGCCAUCUCCUGCAUCCGACGACUUCCAAAUACCCAACCCUUCUUUUCCUCUCUCCGGCGCAUCGUCGCAACCGCCAGUACAGACUGUCAUACACAUCCGUGAUCUAGCGCAUAUCCAGAGUCUGGCUAGCGCCGACCUGCUAUCUGGCAAUGGCGGAUCCGGCAUCCUCAAUGAUCCGCCUCUUCAGCAGAUGAAGUAUGAGAUUAGUGGUAUGCCCAUAGGGGAUAUCAUCGAGAUGGUUGCUGCGUUACUAACAAAGAUCACGACCACCAACGAUUUACAGCACGAUGCAAUGCAGCGCAAUGUUGCUCAUCAACAACAGGCCAAUCAGUCUGGGGACACCAGUGGCAGCUCGAUCUCAUCGUUGAACCAUUCAGUUCUCGCUUUUCACGGCAAGAAUGUCCCCGCUAUCACCAUUCUCAGCUACCUCUCGAGAAUACACAAAUACUGCCCCACUACCUACGAGGUUUUCCUUAGUCUGCUGGUAUACUUCGAUCGUAUGACCGAACGUGUCAACGAUAUGGUCACGAAGAAUGAAGAGAACCGACGGCAAACGCGAUCCCAGCAACCAAACGCAACUUCUCCUCAAGACACCCCUAUGCGCGGUGAGGGCAUGGAUGUGGACGAGAGUGACUCGGACCUGGCAGAUGACGACGAUGAGGAAAUGGCUGACUCAACUCGACCAAGCCGGACAAGCAGCCAUAAGGGAGCUGCUACCCCUACUGAAUACAGUGGUAUUGCAGCGGCGACAUACUUUGUUGUCGACAGUUUCAAUAUACACCGUCUCAUCAUCUCUGGUGUGACGUGUGCAAGCAAGUUCUUCUCAGAUGUUUUCUACACCAAUUCAAGAUAUGCCAAGGUUGGUGGUCUGCCUUUGGUUGAACUAAACCACCUCGAGCUCCAAUUUUUGCUCCUCAACGAUUUUCGAUUAGCCGUUCCAGUGGAAGAUCUGGAAGCGUAUGCGACUAUGCUUGUCGAGUUUUAUGCACGAGAAGUAGUGGCCAAACAGGGGGGAACUGGAAACACUGAGUGAAUGAAGUCACAAGUGAAUGUCAGACAAUGUGUUACCCUUACAGAGCUACCCGCAUCUACAGUGGAUAAACGUUGAUCGUCUGCCUUAAUGGAUGAAUAUGGGACUGACUCCGAUUGCCCUGGCAACCAAAUACUUCAACCGAUGCGAGACACAAGGGCGAUCUGCCGAAAAACAAGCAGCCAUUGAUCAACUUCACCCCUGGUGUUAGUUCCGAUGAUAGCUAUUGACAAGGGCCUUAUGGCCCUGCUACUAUCCUGUAUGGAUAGCUUAUGACGAUUGAGAGGGGAUGUUGAGGAAACCGAAUAGCUUUCACAGGGCUGAUUCUGAGAGCGGAGUAGUGUAUGACAAUGUUGGACAUGCUCGUGUUUGAAGGACGGGUCGAAAGAGCGAGCAGUGGGCUGCUCAAGAAAGCUGUAUUUCUUGCGUAGACUGGGGUACUUAUACAGACAUGGGCUACGGAUAUGGGUACAGAGAGCCAGCAGAGGCAACCUGUUGGUUGGGAGACGGGGUUGAGGUUGUUUAUUAUUUUGUGGCACGCAAACACUGGAGUUGAUGGUGUUUUGGUAAAGAGGCAUUUGCUUACUUACGUAUAUAGUAACCUGCAUGACUCUCUCCUAGCGCAUAGGUCUCGAACAGAGAUUUCUUGAUGGCCGAGUUGACUUUCAGAUCCAUAUAAGCAAACUGUGAACUAUUAAUGUUGCUUAUAGUCUCGUUCUCGGAGGCUCCCACGUCUCUGGAUGAUCAAACUCGAUAACAGAGUUCUCCAUCUUGAUUCCAAUCUGCCACUUGGACCAACCAAGCCAGAAGUUCUCAAACUCACCCGUUAACUUCCCCUCCUCAUCACGAUGCUGCUCAACGUCAAACCAGCCCAACAUACACUUGGACGUAGACUGCUGCGGAACGACAGAGCACCAUUGGUCAGUACCAGGCAGCUCGCCCUGGCUCCCAGCGCCUUCAGGGAGAGGAGGAAAGACCAAGGUGGUGUCGAAGCCCAAAUAGUUGAUCCAUGAAGUUCGGAAGGGAAAUGAGGGCGCAUAGCGAAUGGGCUUAAAGGUGGCCUGGAAGAAUGGAGUGUGAUCUGGUGAGGCUGACUCAGAGCCAGCUGAGUCUGUGGGCAAUGUAUCGUGAGGAUAUACUUUGGCAGUUAUAGAGCCGUUUGAGUUAUCAGUCCAGUCGAACUUGGCGAGGUGUUUGGGGACGUUCCAGU